CUGCCAGACAGAGCCGUGUGAGCGCUGUGUGUUCCAGGACCGCUCCCACGCCGUAGGGGAGCGCUGGAGAGGAGGCCUCUGCCAGCUGUGUGUCUGCCUGCCCAACCUCACCGUGCUCUGCUCCUCCUACUGUCCCCACGCUGCCAGCGGCUGCCCUCAGGGUCAGAGGCUGGUCCCAGAGGAACGACACAGAUGUUGUUACUGUGCAGAUCAAGGCGGCAACGUCACCGUGACAACAGCUGCCCCUGCCACCGUGACGGUCAGUUCCCCCCCGGUGACGCCCACCCUGCCCACGUACCCCCUGCCGCCCGCAGAUGAGUGCUGGUCUCCUCUGGGUGUUCAGUCUCUCCCAGACUCCAGCUUCAGUUCCUCCUCCCACCAGCGGGGGCACCCCCCUUGGGCGGGGCGCCUGUACGGCCGGGACCCCCGGGGGGAUCUGCAGGGCUGGAGCCCGGAGGCUGAGCAGUACCGCGACCUGCCCCCCGGGCCCCCCCCGGCCCACGGCCUCCCCACCCAGCCCCCCUACCUGCAGCUGGACCUGCUGGACACACACAACAUCACGGGGGUGCUGCUCCAGGGCGGGGGGGCUUCGGAAGCCUUCGUGUCCAGCCUCUACCUCCAGUUCAGCCCCGACGCCAGGCACUGGCACACCUACCAGGAGCUGGUCACAGAGCAGAGCCCCAGGGCCAAG